CCCCGAUACUUCACUCACCGAAGCACAGAGCAUAAAGGAGAAGCCAUGAGGAACACACUGCUGAGGAUGCUGGGCGCCCUGAUGUGUGUGCUAGCGGCCUGCGCCGAAGUCGUGCCUCUUCAAGACUUCGACCUGGAGAAGAUGGCAGGCAAGUGGUAUAUUGUUGGUUUUGCCACUAAUGCCCAGUGGUUCGUGGACAACAAGACAGGGAUGAAGACAGGCACUGCCAUGUUAGUGCCAACUGGAGGAGACCUGGACCUCACCUACGCCAACCUGAAUGCUGAUGGUACCUGCUGGAGAACGACCCACCUCGCUAAGAAAACCGUCACUCCUGGACACUUCACCUUCCGCAGCCAGAUUUGGAACAAUGACAACGACAUGCGCAUUGUCGACGUGGCGUACGACGACUACGCUCUGGUCCACACUGUGAAGACAAAGGACGGCGUGUCUGAGGUCCUCAACAAGCUCUACAGUCGCACUCCUGAGGCAUCGGCGGUCCUGCAGCAGAAGUUUUCCCAGCUCUCCCUGGAGACCGGCAUCCUCCCUGACAACGUCGUUAUCUUGCCUCAGAAUGGCGAGUGUCCCGAGGUCUGAAGGGUCCCCUGCUAUUUUCCAUCCUUCAUCUCUUGCUGUCCCAGGAUUUCUCAAAGCUACACCUUCAGCAUUUUACUCAUGUCCCUGCUGCAUACCAAAGACUAAUCCUGAUAGGAGUUCAGGCCUCAUUACCCCCCACUCACACAUUAGUUGUGGCAUCAGAGUGGAACCAAAAAGGGCUGAUGUUGAAAUAAAGGGAACGGUUGAAACCCUACAAAAAACGUGUCUACUGUUUUGUUGAUAUAAACUCAAAACCAAAAAAAACAACCUGAAUG